UAAAGAGAAUGCUUUCCCCAAGAGUGACAUAGUUCAGAAGGGAAAAAAAAAUAAGAAAUUGCUGUAGAUUUUAUUUUACAAUAUGAAAGAAAAUAUACAAUUUCUUGGAGACACUCAUAGUAAGGAAACAGUCAUGUUUCAUGUGUUCUCAAAACUGAGAGAAGAGUAGAGUGAGGCCUGAAGCCCUUACUUCAAAGAACUCCAGGGAAACUGGGAUAGAACAGUUUACAUUAUAAGUAGAACCUCUGGACCCAGAAGUGAACACAAGUUUAUCUGCAGAGCUCACCUGCAGGCCUGAUCUAUGUUUGGAAGAAAUGGAUAAGAACCACUGGAUGAAGUUCACUAAUACUAGACAUCUGAGGCUUCUAAGCUUUGUGAAUGAACUUUGCUAAGUAUGGAUCCAGGUGGUGGAAGUCUUGGAUUGCACACGUCAGAAUCUAGAAUGGCCCAUACCAUGAUUAUGCAGGAUUUUGUGGCUGGGAUGGCUGGUACUGCACAUAUCGAUGGAGACCAUAUUGUUGUCUCAGUUCCUGAAGCUGUAUUAGUUUCUGACGUUGUCACAGAUGAUGGCAUAACUCUUGAUCAUGGGCUUGCAGCUGAAGUUGUCCACGGGCCUGAUAUCAUCACAGAGACUGAUGUAGUAACAGAAGGUGUGAUUGUUCCUGAAGCUGUACUUGAAGCUGAUGUUGCCAUUGAAGAAGAUUUAGAGGAAGAUGAUGGUGAUCACAUCUUGACUUCUGAGUUAAUUACAGAAACUGUUAGGGUACCUGAGCAGGUUUUUGUGGCUGACCUUGUCACUGGUCCUGAUGGACACUUAGAACAUGUGGUCCAAGAUUGUAUUUCAGGAGUUGAUUCUCCUACAAUGGUAUCAGAAGAGGUUCUUGUAACUAAUUCAGAUACAGAAACUGUGAUUCAAGCAGCUGGUGGUGUUCCUGGUUCUACAGUUACUAUAAAAACUGAAGAUGAUGAUGAUGAUGAUGAUGAUGAUGAUGAUGAUGUCAAGAGCACGUCUGAAGACUACUUAAUGAUAUCUUUGGAUGAUGUUGGGGAGAAAUUAGAACAUAUGGGAAACACACCAUUAAAAAUCAGCAGUGAUGGUUCACAAGAUGUUAAAGAAGAUGAGUUUGGUUCAGAAGUAAUAAAAGUGUAUAUAUUUAAAGCUGAGGCUGAAGAUGAUGUUGAAAUAGGUGGAACAGAAAUUGUCACAGAGAGUGAGUACACCAGUGGACAUACUGUAGCAGGAGUGCUUGACCAGAGUCGAAUGCAGCGGGAGAAGAUGGUUUACAUGGCAGUUAAAGAUUCUUCUCAAGAAGAAGAUGAUAUCAGAGAUGAAAGAAGAGUUUCCAGGAAGUAUGAAGAUUGUCAAGCAUCAGGAAAUAGUUUGGACUCAGCACUAGAAAACAGAAGUAGUACAGCAGCACAGUACCUUCAAAUUUGUGAUAGCAUUAAUACAAAUAAAGUACUUAAGCAGAAAGCCAAGAAGAGAAGAAGGGGAGAAACCAGGCAGUGGCAAACAGCUGUUAUAAUAGGUCCUGAUGGACAGCCCUUGACAGUAUACCCUUGCCACAUUUGCACAAAAAAGUUUAAAUCCAGGGGAUUCUUGAAAAGACACAUGAAAAAUCAUCCUGAUCAUUUGAUGAGAAAAAAAUAUCAGUGUACAGAUUGUGACUUUACAACUAACAAGAAAGUAAGUUUCCACAACCACUUAGAAAGCCAUAAGCUUAUAAAUAAAGUUGACAAAACACAUGAAUUUACAGAAUACACACGAAGAUACAGAGAGGCUAGUCCAUUGAGUUCAAAUAAACUUAUAUUAAGAGACAAGGAGCCGAAGAUGCACAAGUGCAAAUUCUGUGACUAUGAAACUGCAGAACAAGGACUAUUGAACAGACAUUUGCUGGCUGUUCACAGUAAAAACUUUCCUCAUGUUUGUGUUGAGUGUGGGAAGGGCUUUAGACAUCCUUCUGAACUUAAGAAGCAUAUGCGAACCCAUACUGGUGAGAAGCCAUAUCAGUGUCAGUAUUGUGUCUUCAGGUGUGCAGAUCAAUCAAAUCUGAAAACUCACAUUAAGUCUAAACAUGGUAACAAUUUGCCAUACAAAUGUGAGCACUGUCCCCAAGCAUUUGGUGAUGAGAGGGAGCUUCAACGUCAUCUGGAUUUGUUUCAAGGACACAAGACACACCAGUGUCCUCAUUGUGACCAUAAGAGCACCAACUCAAGUGACCUUAAGCGGCACAUAAUAUCUGUCCAUACUAAGGAUUUUCCUCACAAAUGUGAAGUCUGUGAUAAAGGUUUCCAUCGUCCUUCUGAGCUCAAAAAGCAUAGUGAUAUCCAUAAAGGUAGGAAGAUUCAUCAGUGUAGGCACUGUGACUUUAAAACAUCAGAUCCAUUUAUUCUGAGUGGACAUAUACUUUCAGUUCAUACUAAGGAUCAAUCAUUGAAGUGUAAAAGGUGCAAGAGAGGGUUCCGACAGCAAAAUGAGCUUAAGAAGCAUAUGAAGACCCAUACUGGAAGGAAGAUAUACCAAUGUGAGUAUUGUGAAUACAGCACUACAGAUGCAUCUGGCUUUAAACGACAUGUGAUAUCAAUACACACAAAAGACUAUCCUCACAGGUGUGAAUUCUGCAAGAAGGGAUUCCGAAGACCAUCAGAAAAAAAUCAACAUAUUAUGAGGCACCACAAGGAGGCUCUUAUAUAGUAAGAGCAAUGUGAAGAAAAAACCUAUUUAGAAGCUAUGUUAAUUGGGAGGAAAAUCUCAUGAACUGUUCUCAUCAUCUGGUUUCAAAGCUUGAUAUUAAAUCAUAACUUUACAUUCUUUGUAUUAGAAGUCUCAAAAUAUUUGAAUUGACAGGGAAUAUCAUAGCCCUUUUAAAAUUACUUAAAUAAUUUAAGAAGCACCAUAGAAUGGUUGCAAAAAACGUUAAGUGUUUAUUUACUAGUAUUAUAUGCAUAGUUAAACUACAGAGGGGAAAAGCAAAGACAUCUACUUUAUUUGGCUGAUCAUAACUAGAGACAAAUGUUUCUGAAAAGAGAAUACAUCUUGAGUUUAACAAUGUUUUACUGUGACAAAGCAAGCCUCAAUUUUAUGCAAUUUUUAAAAUAGGGUGGGGAAAUAAAAUGCAGUCGUCCAUCAGUCACUUAAUCAUUGAGCCUUUUAUAUUUUGCCUGGAAGUUGAAUUUCAGAAUUGGUGAAAGUUUUAUGUAAUAAUUUUUUUUUUAAUUUCACUGGUAAAGUUUAGAUGAAUUCAGUACUACUUAAAAAAGAACUUCAGAGCUGCUAAUAUCUUAUCACAGGUUAGGAUGUUUAAAAUAUAGCUUUCUGUGAUGAAGUCUAAAGAAUAUAUAUGUAUAUAUAUACAUAUAUAUAUAUACCCCUUUUAUCUGAUGUUCAAGUUGAUGUUCCUUAUGUCAUAUAUGACAAGAGUAUAUUUGAGUCAAAUGUGGCUUUCUAAAAUAUUUGCAGCAGUAGUGUUGCAAACAAAGUCAGCACUAUAUUUCCUAACUAUAUAAAGAUUAAAUUGAGAGAACACAGUUUUCUUAAAUAUUCUAAUAUCUAAAGUUUUUUUAGAACAGUCUUAGCAAGUAUGAUUGUUCUAAUCUUCUUUAAUGUCUAAAGGUGCGAUUUUAUUCCAUUAUUGAAAUUUUUGAUUUUUGAAAUCUAUAUACCAUAUUAUUAACAUGCAUUUUCAUUAUAAGGCAGUAUUUAUGCAGUAUUUAAUAGACACUAUGCUGCCAAGAGAGUUUGGAAAUGAUUAAUUCAGUUUACAGUGUAUAAAUUUAAAAUAUGCAUCCCUUUUACAAUGCUUUGUGUUAGCAUGCUGCAAAUCAAAAUGGCGCUUAUUAUACCAAGCUGGCUUAGGGCAAUUAAUGAAAAUCCUGUUCAUAAAUGUAAUGCAUAUGAUGUGUACUUUUAAAGUUUUAGUUGCUUCAUGUUUACACUCAGCUAUUCAACAUAAUUAAUAUGUAACUUUACUUCAUGCUAUAUUGUGGUUUGUGUUUCAAAUAAUGUUCAUCUUUCUGUUUUUGCACCAGAUAAGAAUCAGUUCCUUGAGAAUAAAUUUUUUUAUCUUUCUUAACUUCAGAAGAUUAAAUUUGGAAAAUCUAUGAAAAUUGUGUGUUAUGUGGCUGUAAAUGAUGUACACGCUGUAAAAUAAGAUUGUCACUGUUAUGUGGGAUUAUUAUUUUAAAUGUUUCUCAUUGAAAUGAGCAUACAAUAAAAUGCAUUUGUUGCACUU